AUGACGUGUCCCAGACAGCCUAUAAAGGGAAGAGAGUCUUGUCGUACAGUCGUCGUCACUCACCAGAGACAAACAUGAUGUUGCUCGUCGUCGCAGCUCUUGUAAUCGCCCUUGCCGGGGGAUCCCCUUACAUCAGGGCUAGGCUGAUUCCAAGGUCUUACAUCCCUAUCCCAAUGCACCCGAGAGAGACGGCUCAGCUCUUCCCACUGAGUUACAUCAAGGUGGGUGCACCUAGGGCUCAACUGGUUCCGCUGUCAAACAUCCCUGUUGGUCCUAGGGCUCAACUGGUUCCGCUGUCAUACAUCAAGGUCAACAAACCAGAAGCUGCUUUGUUCCCGCUGUCAAACAUUGAGGUCAAGAAUCAGAUGGCUCAACUGUUCCCCAUGUCCUAUAUUCCUGUUGGUCCGAGGGCUCAACUGUUUCCUCUGUCAAACAUCAAAAUCAACAAACCUGAACCGGCCCUGAUUCCGCUGUCAGACAUCCCUGUUGGUCCUAGGGCUGAGCUGUUUCCACUGACAAACAUCCCUGUUGGUCCUAGGGCUGAGCUGUUUCCGCUGUCAAACAUCCCUGUUGGUCCCAGGGCUCAGCUGUUUCCGCAGUCAAACAUCAAGGUCAACAAACCCGAAGCUGCCCUGAUUCCGCUGUCAAACAUCCCUGUUGGUCCCAGAGCUGAAUUGACGCCUCUGUCAAACAUCCCUGUUGGUCCUAGGGCUCAACUGGUACCGUUGUCAAACAUCAAGGUCAACAAACCGGAAGCUGCUCUGAUUCCGCUGUCAAAAAUCAAGGUCAACAAACCAGAGGCAGUUCUCAUCCCCAGUCAUGCCAUCAAGGUUACGAAACACACGAAAGCCGAGCUGUUUCCUCUCAACAACAUUGAGGUGAAGAAGGGAUAUCCUACCCUGCUUUAGUUGCCUAAAACUGGAAAAAGCAGCACUGAAAUAAAACAAGUGAUCAAUAACCAA